AUGUAUCUAUCUAUCUAUCUAUCUAUCUAUCUAUCUAUCUAUCUAUCUAUCUCAGUACGAUCAUAUCAAUCUAUCUAUCUAUCUAUUUCAGUAUGGUUUUAUCUAUCUAUCUAUCUAUCUAUCUAUCUAUCUAUCUAUCUAUCUAUCUAUCUAUAUAUAUAUAUAUAUAUAUAUAUAUAUAUCUACAUUGGUCUUAUCUUUUUUGACAUUCUUUUCCCCUUUUCUUUUCUUCCUUUUCUUUCUUUCCCUCCAUUCUUAGCUCUUCUCUUUUGCUUUCUUUUCUCCUUCCUUUUCAUCCUUUUUCUUUUCCUUUCUUUUCAUCCAUUUUUAAUUUAUCUUUUUCUCCUUAGUUUUCUUCUUUUACUUUUUUUUCUCCAUUUCUGCUGUUCUUUUGCUAUACCUUCUUCCUUUCUUUUCUUCUUCUUCUUGCUUUUCUUUAUUUUUUUGUAUUUCUUUUUUCCUUUCUGUUCUUCAUUUCCUUGCCUUUCAUGUUUUUCUUUCUUUUCUAAUACUUCCAUUUUUAGCUUUUCUACUUUGCUUCAUUCUUUUCUUUUUUCUUCUUUAUUUUUUUCUUUGAUUUUCUCCAUCCUUUAUUUCUUUUUUUCUUUCCAUCCAUUUUCCUUUAUCAUCAACAUCAGUGUUUUAUUGAAUCUUCAUACACUUACUAUAUAUUAG